CGUCAGUGAGCCAAAUACUCGUUAUCUCUUUCUCUUCUCGCCUCUGUUGUCCCUCCUACCGAAACCACUUCCCGCCAUGCCGCCGCCGCCGCAGCGUCCAGUCCCCUCCCCCGCUGGGCGGGCUAACCUAUUUUCCUGUCCCCCUGCUCCCCCUCCUAACCGCCACAAUCCCAAGAACCGCGCCGUCCCUCUACCUCCCCUCCCACCUCGCCGCCGCCACCCCGAGAACCAUCACGAGCAAUCUUUCCAAGAACAAGCGGCAACGCCGGCUCCAAGAACCACCCACACCAACCCCGCCUUCUGCGCACCCCACCUGCGUACCUCCUACCGGAAACCCGUGCCCCCAGCCGCAGCCACAGGCAAGGGCGAGGCCCUCCUCACAACCGACCCCACAGACGCCGCCGCCGGGCGCUCUGUCGUCGUAGGCCCUUCCGGUGUUACCUUCCGUCUCCCCGGUGCUCCGUUCGACUUUCAGUUCAGCUACUCCGAGGCGCCCCGCGCCGCGCCGCUGGCCAUCCGGGAACCCCCGUUCCUGCCCUUCGCCCCGUCGACCAUGCCGCGGCCGUGGACCGGAAAGGCACCUCUGCUGACCAAGGAAGAGAAGGCCCGGCGAAGGGGCGUGCGGCUGCACACGCCGCUUGGCCAGGAGCCGCCACGAACGGCGAGUCCGCACGGGAUCAUGAUGGAGGUGAGGGGGAGGAGGCAGCUGGACUUGGCCAGGGUGAGCCCCGGCGACGGAAGGAGCCGGGAGGAGGUUCUAGGGGAGCCGCUCACCUCAGCCGAGGUGCGUGAGCUCGUCAAGCCUCAUAUGUCGCAUAACCGGCAACUCAACAUUGGAAGGGAUGGGUUGACCCACAACAUGUUGGAGAUGAUACAUUGCCAUUGGAGGCGCCAGGAGGUCUGCAAAGUGAGAUCUCGAGGAGUACCGACUGUUGAUAUGAACAACCUUUGUUAUCACCUUGAGGAGAAAUCACGUGGAAAGGUCAUUAAACGAGUAGGUGGAGUUGUUUUCUUGUACCGUGGACGAAAUUACAACCCACACACCCGUCCUCGUUAUCCAUUAAUGCUUUGGAAGCCAGCCACUCCUGUUUAUCCAAAACUCAUCCAGCAAGCUCCUGAAGGACUUACAGUGGAAGAAGCAGCUGAAAUGAGAAGGAGAGGACAGAUUCUACUGCCAAUUUUAAAGUUAGGUAUGAUUUGUUGUGUUGGGUUGAAGAUUCAAAUUUUACACCAUCGUUCAGGGUUUCUUCGACAUUUGAACUGAGGUCAAUCCUGGAACCUGCCUGGUUGUGAAACCAACCAAAACUGGCCAGCUCUUCUUUAGUUUGCUCUUUUUCUUCUUCUGUGUUUUCAACUUUACAUGUUUCCAGCAUAUUAAAUAAACAUUAGUCCACAUAUUUCUCUUCAAAUAGUACACAAUAUGGAUCAGUCA